UCUCAGAGUCAAAUGGGCUUCACGGCAUAUAAACCAGGCGGUGGUCCCGGCUGCCAUCUCUCUCUCUGCCCAAAGCCCUGCAAUUAGACAAUAUUGACAUUGUGCGACUCCGUGAACACGGCAGCUUUAUCGGAGUCUUCACUUUUCUGCACAGGCUCUUACUUCUAGUCUGGGGGGCUGUGUUAGGACAACUCGGUGUGUAAAGAUGAACGACAAGACUUCUACCUGCUCCUGCCGGCUGCUUUCAUUUUCUCUGGGCAUCUCGGUGGUCACCAUGCUGAACUUAGUGGGGCUCGUGUUUCUCAUCCUGCAGCACAACAGCUUGUCGGCUCAACUCAAAGAUCUGGAGGUUCAGUUGGAUACGUUUUGUGAAAGUUCGGUCGUGAAGUUCCUACGUGAGGUCAUUGAAGACAAAGAAGAUGAACCCCAGCCGUUCCAGUUUUCGAGAAAUAAAAGGAGCCGGGAGCCUCACCAAAGCACAAUCCAAGCUGAAAAUGAAGACAUGCUUAUGCUGAUGACGUAUUCUAUGAUUCCUAUUCGCAUAAUGGUGGAUUUGUGCAAUAGCACAAAAGGAAUAUGCUUAACAGGACCGGCUGGACCACCUGGUAAGAUUACACGUCUUCCUGGUGCUGAUGGACUGCCGGGCCACAAUGGAUCAAUAGGACUGCCUGGACUAAAGGGCGAGCCAGGAGAGGUCGGGAAGCGCGGAAAACGAGGUGAAAAGGGAGAACCUGGAGAGAUGGGAGAGAAAGGGGAUCCCGGCGAAAUUGGAUUUCCAGGACCUCGUGGUGAGCCGGGAUUGAAAGGAGAACCGGGCGUCAACGCUGAGAAAGGAGAGUUUUUAAAUGAAAUCUUUCUUGAAGGUUCUCAAGGACCUGCAGGACCACCUGGACCACCAGGACCUGCUGGGCCCCCAGGACCAAUUGGACCACCUGGGCCUCCAGGAGCAAGACGUCAGAGGGUCAGAGGACAGAAGAAUAAUGCAGAAUGCAUCAUUAAAGCUGUGAGUACGCCGGUGAAUGUCACCAAAGCAGGAAACACUUUUGGGACGUGGAUGCAGGACACGUUACGGGAUGAUGAAACGAUUUGGGUUGCAGAACACUUUUCAGGUCGAACACUGAAAGAAUAUCCGAACCUGCUUUCAUUCCAAAAUGGCAGUUUUAAAGUAAUUGAUCUACAGAAAGCUUUCUUUCAAGGCUGUGGCCACGUCGUCCACAAUGGAUCUCUGUACUAUCACAUUGCCGGCUCAUAUAAAAUUGCAAAAUAUGACAUCAACACGGGUUCUUUUAAGACAAUUAAGAUUGAGGAUGCAUUCUACAACAACCUCAACUAUCUCUUUCACAAUUCCAAGACAUACUUCAAUCUGGCAGCUGACGAGAAUGGUUUGUGGAUCAUCUACGCUUCCAGCCUCGAUGAAAAUGUCAUGGUGGCCCAGCUGGAUGAGAAGACCUUCUCAGUCACUCAUCACGUGAACACUACCUACCCGAGAUCCAAAGCCGGAAAUGCUUUCAUUGCAUGUGGAGUGCUGUACGUGACAGACACAAAGGACCUCAAAGUCACGUUUGCGUUCGAUCUGCUGAAAGGGAAGCACCUGAACGCCAGUUUUGAUUUAAGGUCGCCGAAUGGUGUUUUGGCCAUGCUGUCUUACAAUCCCAAGGAUCACCGCUUGUACACCUGGGAUAACGGCUGUAUAAUGGAGUACAAGGUGCACUUCUUAUCAGACGACUGAGCGGACGGGACACUUUUAAUGUCAUUUAGGCCUAUGUCGGCUGAACUCAUGCUUGUUCCUAUUAUGAGUGGCCUCGACAUAAGGCAGUUAACACUUUUUAUUCAACUUUAAAUAAACGUCCCAGGUGAAAUGAAAGGAUAAAUACAACUGCGAAUCAGUAAACCGGACUAAGACACGUGACGUUACUAAAGGCCAAAAUUUUGCAUUUUGCCAAAGGUUUUGUUUUUUAGUAUAUACUAUUUGUAUUUAAAAUGUUAAUACAUCAUGCACUGUUUGUAUUAUUUUGUCGUCUUUGUUUAAAUGGAUAUUUGCAUAUAUACAUUGUGAAUAAAGAACACAAAAAUGUA